AACAGUGCUGGUACCAAGUAUGGAUCUGACAGGGGCAUUGGUGCCAGUGCUGGUACCGGGUAUGGAUGUGACAAGGGAACUUGUGCCAGUGCUAGUACCAGGUAUGGAUGUGAUAGGAGCACUGGUGCCAGUGCUGGUACCAGGUAUGGAUGUGACAGGGGCACUGGUGCCAGUGCUGGUACCGGGUAUGGAUGUGACAGAGGCACUGGUGCCAGUGCUGGUACCGGGUAUGGACAUGACAGGGGUGCUGGUGCCAGUGCUGGUACCGGGUGUGGAUGUGACAGAGGCACUGGUGCCAGUGCUGGUACCGGGAAUGGAUGUGAGAGGGGAACUGGUGCCAGUGCUAGUACCAGGUAUGGGCGUGAGAAGGGAACUGGUACCAGUGCUGGUAUUGGGUAUGGACGUGACAGGGGAACUGGUACCAGUUCUAGUACUGGGUAUGGAUGUGACAGCGGCACUGAUACCAGUGCUGGUACCGGGUAUGGACGUGACAGGGGUGCUGGUGCCAGUGCUAGUACCAGGUAUCGGCAUGAGAGGGGAGCUGGUACCAGUGCUGGUUUUGGGUAUGGGUGUGACAGGGGAACUGGUACCAGUGCUAGUACCGGGUAUGGACGUGACAGGGGAACUGGUAGCAGUGCUAGUACCAGGUAUGGAUGUGACAGGGGCACUGGUGCCAGUGCUGGUACUGGGUAUGGAUGUGACAGGGGAACUGGUGCCAGUGCUGGUACCAGGUAUGGGUGUGAGGGGGGAACUGGCACCAGUGCUGGUAUCGUGUAUGGACAUGACAGGGGCUCUGGUGCCAGUGCUGGUACUGGGUAUGGAAGUGACAGAGGCACUGGUACCAUUGCUGGUACUGAUACGGACAUGACACGGGCACUGGUACCAC